AGCUGGGAGAUGUCGAAAUGGUGGAAAUACAAAAGUUAGAAGCACAAAGUGAAAGAGAACAGGUUUGAGAGGAGAGAAGGGUAUAAAGGCAGCCACACAGCAAACAUGUUACUCCUCCAGGUCACUCCAGAGAAAAACCUCCUCUUUAAACAUGUUGCUCAAGUCUGUCACAGAAAGCUUUGCCAAAAUGAUCCACGGCUUCAAAGUGGCACACCUGACAGAUCGUGUUAUUCAGAGGAGCAAGAGGAUGAUUCUGGAUACUCUGGGCGUUGGACUCCUGGGAACCAGUACAGAGGUGUUUUACAAAGCCAGCCAAUAUAGCAAAAUCUAUACCUCCAACAUAUCCAGCACUGUUUGGGGCCAAAUGGACUUCAGACUUCCGCCUACAUAUGCUGCUUUCAUUAAUGGUGUAGCUAUUCACUCAAUGGAUUUUGAUGACACAUGGCACCCUGCCACCCACCCUUCUGGAGCUGUCCUUCCUGUCCUCACAGCUUUAUCAGAAGCUCUGCCUCGAAGUCCAAAGUUCUCUGGCCUUGACCUGCUGUUGGCUUUCAAUGUUGGUAUUGAAGUGCAAGGCCGAUUAAUGCAUUUCUCCAAGGAAGCCAAUGACAUACCAAAGAGAUUCCAUCCUCCCUCGGUGGUAGGAACUUUGGGUAGUGCUGCUGCUGCAUCCAAGUUUUUAGGGCUCAGUUUGAACAAGUGCCAGGAGGCCCUGGCUAUUGCCGUUUCCCAUGCCGGGGCACCCAUGGCAAAUGCUGCCACUCAGACCAAGCCCCUCCACAUUGGCAAUGCCGCCAGGCAUGGGAUAGAAGCUGCUUUUCUGGCCAUGCUGGGUCUCCAAGGAAACAAGCAGAUCUUGGACAUGGAGGCAGGGUUUGGGGCCUUCUAUGCCAACUACUCCCCCAAAGUCCUUCCAAGCCUAGCUUCCCACACUUGGCUGCUAGACCAGCAGGAUGUGGCCUUCAAGCGUUUCCCUGCACACUUGGCAACCCACUGGAUGGCAGACGCAGCUGCAUCUGUGAGGAGGCACAUUGUGACAGACGGAGCACCACUUCCCAUCGACCACAUCCAGAGAAUUGUGCUCAGAAUUCCAGAUGUCCAGUAUGUAAACAGACCCUUCCCAGACUCAGAGCAUGAAGCCCGCCACUCCUUCCAGUACGUGGCCUGUGCCAUGCUGCUCGAUGGUGGCAUCACUGUCCCAUCAUUCCACAAAUGCCAGAUAAACAGGCCACAGGUGAGACAGCUGCUCAGGAAGGUGGAGCUGGAGCACCCUCCGGACAACCUGCCAAGCUUCAACACACUGUACUGCGAGGUGAGUGUCACCCUCAAGGAUGGAGCCACCUUCACGGAGCGCUCCAAUACCUUCUAUGGUCACUGGAGGAAACCGCUGAGCCAGGAGGAUCUGCAGGAGAAGUUCAGAGCCAAUGCCUCCGGGAUGCUGCCCUGUGACAAAGUAGAAGGUCUUAUAAGGAUCGUAGAAAAACUGGAAGACAUAGAAGACUGCUCUGUGUUAACCACACUUCUGAAACGACCCUGUCCACCGCAGGAGGCUUCAGAUCUAUCCAUCAUGUAAUAACUCCAUCCCAGAAUCUGUCCUGAAGCUAAUCGAGGUCUAAAUGACUUUGCAUUUGGCGUGAUUCAAUGAUGUGCUUUAUUGGUCACGGUCGACUGUUUGGUCUGCCCAGGGUUAAAUGAAGCAAGGUGAAGAGAGUCCAGAAACCGAACCGGAUACACAGGCAGUCCCUGGGUUACGAACAAGAUCUGUUCCUAACUGUGUCUUUAAGUCGAAUUUGUAGAGUUCGGAACACGUGCAUACGGUUCGUAUUUAGCCUUACUUUAGUGCAUGGAAAGGCUCGAAGCCUUUUCAAUAAUGUAGAAGCUGCACAUGCAGCAAGUGAAGGUGAUUGUGAUGAGACUUUGUUGUGAGUAGGGGUUGGUUCAAUCAUUUCAAAGUGAGGGCAAAUUUACAUUAACAUUAAAGUGCAAGUAUGAGUUGUCCGUAACUGACGUUCACAACCCAGGGAUUGUCUGUAUAUGGGAGGAGAAGUUUUAUCCUGUAGAUUUCUCAAGACAGUUCCAAUUACCUAAAGCAAUAUGAGAAAUAUGCAAGAAACACAAAGAAAUUGAUUUUUAUAAGCAUCCAUAAGGCUGAAAUUCAAGUCACCUAUGAUUUUCUUGUAAAGUUAAUCUUUUCAGAGGAGUUACUUAUGAACUUCAUGAACCUCAAAGCUUGACAAGAAUGUGAAUCUGUGUGCACAUUUGCUGGCAGUGGAGAAGGGCUCUGGUCUGUUGUGCUGUUAACAGAUUUUUUAGGGCAUGAGUUAUCACCAAGUUCUUCACAGUGGACAAGGGCUACCGAGUUUAAAAAUAAGGCCCUAGUGGGUUUGGUUUUUUGGUUUGGGGGUUUAAGAGGACUGAAACACUUUUCAGUCUAUUAGACCAGCAUUUCCCAUCAGUUUUCCUCAGAAGAAUAGUUCCCUGUAUAGUGCUCCAGAAGAGUCACACAGUCAAAGAAGAUAAUAUUAUACCAAAAAUGAGUCAGAAUCCACUACACUCAAUGGCAGCGGGUUUUUGGUUUAGUGGGGUCAAAUCCUGCCCCUGCCACUUACUAGAUGUGGCCCUGGGCAUGUUACCUAGUCUCAUCUGCCUCAGUUUUCCUAUUAGUAAAGCAGAGGUAAAAAACAGUCUGAAAAAAAAAGGCAGUUUUCCUCUAGAAGCCAUACUCUUAACCAUUAUCUCACCGUUCAGUACAAAAAGACUUUGAGAAAAAUGCCUCAAAUAAAGAGUCAGAGAUGCAAGAAAGAAUAAAAAA